AUGUGGAUAACAUCAGUAAUAACAAGCAUUAAAAAAUCACGGUUUAGAUUAUCUAAAUCUCGUUCUUCUUUAACUAUACACACUUUAUCUACACUGGAGGAAGAAGAAGGCGAAUCAAGUGCUUCGGCAUUCAAUCAUCUAAACAACAAUAAUAGCCAUAAUAAUAACGAUGAAGCUUUUUUUGAUAACGAGUUAACUUUAACACCUGACGAAUUAUUUAAAAUCAUAAAUUCAAAUAAUAAUCUAAAUUACAAUCGUUGCAUAGAUCCAAAUACUAACAAUUACGUCAAUAUAAAAAAACCAUCAAUACCAAAACCUAAAAAUUGUAUCGAAUAUUUAAAAUGGUCAAAUUUUUUAAAUCAUUUGUUAAUACCGAUUUAUCAUGAUAUUGCUUUAAAACUGACUUGGCCAAUGACAAAAAAAGUUUUAAAAGCUGCUGUUGCUUAUUGGCUGGCUUUUCUUAUAGUUCUUACCGUGCCUGUCAUGAAAACAAUUGGGACGGGAACUUUUUUGGCGAUUGUGAUGGUUUGUUAUUUUCAACCAUCAGGAACUUUUGGUUCUUUGGUUGAGAGUGCAGGCUGGGGAAUAAUAGGUGCAUGCAUAGCUACUUUAUGGUCUUACGUUGGAAUCAAAAUAUCAGAUGCAAUUCGUGGCGAUGAAAUAUUUAAUAUAGGUUCGACAAUAAUUAGUUUGUUGUUCUUGGCUAUUGGUACCUUCAUCCUUUCAUAUGAUAAGAUUAAAUGGCCCCCUAUGAGAUAUGGUUCCAUCAAUGCUUGUAUCAUAAUGACAUUUUCUUUAACUCAAUCAUACAUAAAACCCCAAGAUACCAAUAAUAUAUUGAAAACGCUGGUGAUACCAAUGCUUAUUGGUCCUGCAUGUUCAUUGAUUGUCAAUAUAUCAUUAUGGCCAGAAAACGCUACAACGAAUUAUAUACCAUAUUUACAUGCCACGUUACAAAGCUUCAUACAUCUAUUGGAACAUGAAACUCAUUUUUUUUUAUGCGACCCAUACAAUCGUAACACAAUUGCUAUGUUUCAUCGUCAAGCACAAGAUAAUUUACUGAAUUUGGACACAGCUAAACGUGAAGCUCAACAUGAAAUAAGUUUUUCAAAAAUUGGUCCACAGGAUUUAAUUGAGAUCAACAGGUUGGUGAAAUCUAUGCAUAUGACUUUAGGUGGCUUGGCGUUAAGUGGAGUGAUUGAGGAGGAAUUGAUGAAAGAUGGUCAAGAGGAAAAUAUAGAUCCUUCUACAAUUGUUUUUGUGGAGGAUAAAGAUAUCAAAGAUCCAAAAUUUAUAUGCACGAACCCAGAAACUAUAAAAAUACUGAAUGAAGCAAAAGAUUUACUUUGUUUAAAUGAAGUCGUAGCAAUACCAACCGAAACUGUAUAUGGUCUUGCUUCAAAUGCACUUUCACCCAUUUCAAUCAAAAAAAUAUUUCAAGCGAAAAACCGACCAUUAGAUAAUCCACUUAUUAUACAUAUUUCGUCAUUAAAAAUGUUGUACGAUUUAUUGUCACCUACUAGCACCAGCAACACUAAUAAUGCCACCACCACAAGUACUAUUACCACCGAUUCAUUUACACUGUCACCAUUAUAUGAUGUUUUAAUGAAAAAAUUUUGGCCAGGUCCUUUAACUUUAUUAUUUCCAAAAACUGAUAAGAUACCUGAUGAAAUAACAUGCGGCCAAGAUAAAGUAGCAAUAAGAUUUCCAUCAAAUAAUAUAGCUAGGGCAUUAAUUACAUUAUGUGGAUUUCCUUUAGCAGCACCAUCAGCUAAUUCAUCAGGUAAACCUUCGCCUACAUUAGCUAAUCAUGUUUAUAAUGAUUUGAAUAAUAGGAUUCCUUUGAUAAUUGAUGGUGGACAAUGUGAUUUUGGUUUAGAAUCAACAGUUUUAGACAUUACAAAACUGAUCACUGAUAAAAUUUAUGAAAAAGAGGAUGAAACCACUACUAAAUACCCGGUUAUUCUAAGACCUGGAGGUAUACCCUUUGAACAAUUAGUCAGAGUACCAGGUUUAGAACAUUUAAAAGUUUAUAAAAAAGAUUUUAUAGAUGAAAAUUUAGAAAUGAAGCCUACAACACCUGGUAUGAAAUAUAGGCAUUAUUCGCCUGAUGCAAAAGUUAUUUUGAUUGAUGUUACUAUUAAGAAUGGUGGUGACGACGAUAAAGAAAUUAAAAUGAAUCAUGAAAAUCUUAAGAAUGAUCUCCUCAAGGAAAUUGAAAGCAAAUUAAAUCAUAAUAAUGAACAGAUGUUGCAAAAAUUAUUGGCUGAGAUUAAAGAUUUAAAAAAAUAA